AUGAAUGGUAUUGAUAUCCCAACACCUAUCGCGAAAACUCCAUAUUUUAAUUACGUCUCGUUUAUAAAGGUCCUUUCUUUUCCUAAUAUUGGUCAAAUUAUUGAAGUUUUAAUGGAUCAACGAAAUAAUAUUUCACAAAGCUUAGACUAUAAUGAACAUCUGGUAUCACAGGAACUUUUAAAAGUCUUGAUGAAACAUUUCUCAUGUAUAAAAACUUUGGAUUAUUGUACUGAAACUUCAAGAAUCACUCAAAAUAUACCUUUUACAUAUUUUCCUGGAGCGACCGAAUGUUUAGCAGAUGUGACAACUUUGAAUUGUGAUUCAGACAUAAUAUUAUGUCCUCAAAUGUUUCGAAAGAUACAAUCACUAUCCAUAACAUUUGUUGAUACUGUUUCUGAUGAGUUGGUUCAAUUAAUUCAUUCUCAACAAAAUUUAAAACAUUUAGAAUUAAAUACUCAAUUCGAUAUGAAUUGGCCAAUCAUAUUACCCACUUUCGAAUCCGCCUUAAAAAAACAUUAUCAUACUUUAACAAAAUUAUAUAUUUAUGGUUGUGAAACUCCAAUAUCAUUUAUCUCUUCAUGUUAUAAUUUACAAGAAUUGGUAAUUUCAAUUUUUCCUAUAUUUCCUACGGAAUCACAACCUCCUUCUGAUGUUUUCGAUGAAUUGCAACUUGCUACUUUUCCAAAUUUAAAGAUCUUCAAAAUUCCUUAUGAUAUUCCAAAAAUUGAAAUUUUAAUAAAAUUCUUGGAAAUGAACGGAAAGAACCUCAAUGAACUAAGAACAGGUUUAGAUCAUGCUGAUAAUUCAUUGAAUAGAUCCAUAGCUCAAUUCUGUCCGAACCUUAAAAAACUUACCUUAAAUUUUGAAAAUGAUGAAAUAGACUCAUUGAAAUACAUAUUUGCUCAUUGUCAAAGUUUAGAGAGCAUUAUAAUUUGGUGUAAAGAUAAUCGGUUAAAUGGUGUAGAUUUGUUUGAAGUUGUUGUAAAACAUUCACCAAAGAAUUUUUGUGAAUUAAAGAUAGAUUUGGAUUUUUUAUUCCUUCCAAAAGAUUUGGAAGUUUUCUUUACAAGUUGGUGGGAUCGAACUCCACGAAAAUCUUUAAAUUUGGUUAUUUUUAAAAACAAUUUUAAUUCAGGAAAAUGUAAAGUAAGUAAAGAGAAUAUUAAAAUAAUUAAAAGAUAUAAAAAGUUGGGCAUACUUAAGGAAUUUGAAAUUACCGAUCUUUAUGAAUUAGAAUAG